AUAACGGGUAUACCUUAGAUCCAAGUCCUAUCUAUUGUAAGAUGCUGCCACAAGACGAGCGUUCGAUUGAUAUAGUAGCGUCAUUGCCACUCUACUGGAACGUUCAAUUGAAUCGUGUCGUAAAUAGUUAUGCAUUUAUGGACUUAUUCUAAAAAUAACCCACGUCGCACGGACUUAAAACAUUUCAAAUACUUACGAUAAGUAAAUGUGAAAUUUUGAACGUGAUUUUUCAUUUUUUUUUGUGGUGAUAGGAGGGAAACUAAACAUGAUGAUGUAAGCGGACAUAUCGCUGCCGUUCGCAGGAUUGAUAUAUGUACAUAAGUGAACUGCAUGUGUUGUACACUACACUAGUGGGCGGAAUCGGCGAUGAAUCUGACCAAUAGCGUCACACUGGCCAAGUUGUUUUUAUAUUUCUUAAAGCAAAUAUGGAAUGUUUCGACUCAGAUGCGCAUGUUUAAUUACAUGUUAUGAUGACAUAUGGGAUAUGGCCGGACAAUAACAACAAAGAUGUGAAGACAGACAGAAGCAGUUUUAAUAACGAACAAGUUUAUUUACCUGUGAAUAAUCAGAAGAAAGAAUAUUUCACAAACAUAUGAAUAACAACAUUAAUAAUUGGUGUUUGUGAAAUUAUUAUGUGAUAAUCACAAUCCGCUAAUGAUAUAUAUGUGUAUAUGGUUUGGGUAGAGCCGAGUAACCUGGACAACAUGGGCAACGUACCUGGCCAAUGUAUGGGGCGGAACAGGAACAGACUUAGUACAUACCUUACACCGGCCGAGAAGACCAUCCUCAAAUCUUCGCUCGAGUUCAUAAAGGAUGAUCUACACGACCUUGGCGUAAUCGUCUUUGUGAGGUUUUUCGAGACAGAGCCAAAGCUGAAGCGCCUGUUCCCAAAGAUCGUGCGUGUGAACGAGAACAAUGAGCUGGAACUUGAGAUGGACGGGGAGAUGCUGAGGAAGCACGGCCAUAACGUGAUGCACACCCUUGGUGCUGCCAUAGAAAACAUGGAAGAAAGCGACUUUAUGAACACAGUUAUCAGAGCCAUCGGUUCUACACAUGUGCGGCGGAAGGUCAAAGGCAAAAUGCUAUACCACCUAUGGCCGUCGUUGGACUACGGACUCCGGGACAUGUUGCAGGAGCGAUACACGCGAGAGGUCGCCGCCGCGUGGAAGAAACUGUUCCACUAUACCAUCAACCAGAUGAGGAGGGGAAUGAAGGCCAACAAAGUUCGGAAAGUAAAUACAGAACGAAAACACAGUCACGUGAACGAGGCAAAAUACAGAACGAAAGCACCGUCACGUGAACGAGGCAAAAUACAGAACGAAAACACCGUCACGUGAACGAGGCAAAAUACAGAACGAAAACACCGUCACGUGAAUGAGGCAAAAUCAGAUCAAAAUACAAAUUAACGAAACUAUAUGAUAUUUUAUAGAUGUAUAGAUAGGAGAAUAUCUUGGUUGAUUUGGUAGGUUUAGAGGUAAAACAUGGCUUUGACUGGAUAUAGGGAUGUAAAUAUGUACUUCCAAGAGGCAUGAACAACAUUACUACAUACAGUUGCGAGAAUUACUAUGUUUGAAUGAUGUGAUGGCUUGGUAUGCUUAAGUCAUUAGAUUUGAUGCUAUGAUGAUUGACGGUCUCCCUUAGUGCGACAAAACAAUUUGUUAUACUUUAUGUCUUGGAAGCUUCCUUGUUAUAUCGUAGGUUGUGAUGCUCUGUGGUAUUCGUAAAAUCCGGGAUUUAUGUUUUUUAGCAUAAAUCCAAUGCUUUCUAUAUUCUUAAACAUGCACGACACGUCAUUGUGAUUUGGUAGUAAGAAAUCAGACAUGCACGGCACGUCAUUGUGAUUUGGUGGUAAGAAAUCAGACAUGCAUGAGACGUCAUUGUGAUGUGAUAGUUAUUUAUCCCAUAACUACGCUUGUUUCACAACUGAUAUGGCACGUGAUAACAUUCGUAGCAGUGUGUUAUUGUUUUUGUUUACACACCACAGUGUGUAACAACUUUCCAAGCCUCCGAUUGGUCAUUUUUGACCCCAACAAAUCUUAUUGGCUAACCUCUGGCCUUUGACCACGGACUAUUUUUACUACUCUCACUUAGACUUCUAUUUGUUUUGGUCGUCUGUCUUCCAAAAAAUCAACAUUACAUGGACACGUUUUGUGGAUUUGUCGGUGCUCAACAUAACUAUGUUAGAGGGAUGUCCUCAUGGAAAUGUCGAUGAAUCUGAGGUUUGAGUCGUACGAAAUAAAAUUUGAUGAUGGUAAAAUAGACGAUGUACGGAAGCGAGAUGCUGCAUCGAAUAUAGGCCUAGCGAACCAAAAACUAACACCCCACCUCCCCCUUGAUUCUAGAUAUGCAGGGGACCCCUAUAGCCAUGAAUGAAUUAUCAAAACAAUGAACAGAUGCAAUACAAAAUGGUUAAAUCGCUGUCUCUAAUCGUAGUCAUUUGAAUGAAACGGUCACGGCAUCUAACGUAGGCCUUCGCCUAGAGCUUCCCUUUCAGUUGAGUGUCAUUCGGUACGGAUAUUGUACCAACAACAACAAAAAUCAACGAAUAAACACUUUCUUAUCAUUCCACUUACUUUUAUUACGAAUAUAUUUAUCCAAAACACAAAAAUGUAAACAUCAUCUUGAAACUUUUGUCUCAUGUCAGUAAACUGAUGACAUUUCGUGUAAACACACUGACAAACGUAAAAUACAUAUUGCUCAGCACUCCAGCUCGGCUUCCGAAAUAUUUGUUGAAAUGCACGAUGUCUUGAAUGAAUAAAUCUCAGAAUGAACAUUUACCAUCACAAUAACCAGUAAUAGCAUACGUACGAAAUCAAGGAUAGGACCGAUAAUUGAAUCUGACAAUGAAUAGUCUGAUAUUCAGCGGUGACGUUCGACUUCGCGAUGACGGUGUCGUCUUCGAAUGUUUUGAGCGGAGUCAUUUAAACAAGUUACCUAUUAAUAAAUCACACGGGCACAAGGAUUGUCAAACUAAUAUUUCGUUUUGUAAAAUAUUAUCAUUUACAAAUGUAGUACAGAAGAUAUGAGUUGUGCAUCUAAAAAUAGAUGAUAUUCAGAGAAGCUUUCGUUCAUAACGACCUAUAUUUUGUCGCGUAGGUGAUUUGGUUAACGGAAUUUAAUUGCUACGUUGGGAGAAUUUGAACUUGUUACAUUGAUAAGUUAUGGGAUAAACAAGUUCCCCUACUCGUGACCAUUGUUCAUCAUUUUUGUCCAACUCUCGUUAGUUA